AUGGAUUACGACCGCUACGAUGCCUUCCUGCACCACAUCUUCAAGCAGACUCAGGGGGACGCAUGGUUCCGCCCUUCAGAAGAUAAUCUUAGUGCUGGUGUAGCGCUAAGAAUCGAUCAUGGUCGCUUCCGCGUGUUUCCCUAUGAGAACCUUGAGCUAGAGCCAUUCGAGACUGCCAUCACGGCACUCAAUCCCAUGGUCGCUGUCAAGGUGCGAAGUGCUGCUGUGCAUGCUGUACUGGCUGAUGUUGGGCCAGAAGACAAGAGUGUGUAUGUCGAUGUGAACACGCGCAUACAGGUCAUCGACACGAUGCUCAUGCUUCCGCACGCCGAGAAGGAGCAGAGUGCUGCAUUUAUUCGCGACGAACGUGUGAUGGUCAUCUGGUCAGAUGACCUCGACGCGAUCAUCCCGACAUGUAAGGACUUUGAGGAUCGUAUCAUUAAACUUCUUUGGCGGUCUCGCCCUGCUGGUUUGUCUACACCAUCCUCGCUUCCCGGGUACCGUUCGUAUGCUGGUUCUAUUGCCUCUGCAUCCGUUCAAGGUGGAAGCGAUGUGGGUGGGCUUCUUGUGUCUGGUGGUCAUGAUGGGAGCAUGCGGGCGCGGACGCGCGAGAGUCGUGCGAGCUCUUCUCGCCCCGGAACGGGUCCUACACCAAGCCAGAGUGCGAGUCAGACACAUGCACCAGUUUCUGGUGGAGACCUUGAGAAAGGACAUCCUGCAGGACGCGGGGUCAAGCUAUAUGCGCCGGUCUACAAUGGGAUUGCAGCUGCAUUGUCGUUGUACUUCAUGUGCGCGGGUGUGAGCAUCCUUCUCCAGGAAUGGGCGCUUGACAAUGAGUUCAUGAGAUUUGUUCUCGUUGCACUCAUCCCAUUCUUGUUCUCCGUUUCGCUGUUCUUCUCCCUGCAGAUUGUCCAGAACUGCUCCUACGCCAUCGGCCCUAUCGCUCAGUACUAUGAGAAUUCUAAGUACUACUCUGCGAUACCACCACUCCCUAAUAAGGUAGUCGACAACAACCUUCCACACGUUACCAUCCAAAUGCCGGUAUACAAGGAAUCGCUCACUCAAGUGCUUGCUCCAUCAAUUGAGAGUAUCAAAAAGGCGAUGCAAACUUAUGCGCGGCAGGGCGGGACGUCAACGAUCUUCAUUAACGACGAUGGCCUGCAACUUCUUCCCCCAGGCGAUCGCGACGCUCGCAUUGCGUACUAUACGGAUCAUAACAUCGGCUGGGUUGCUCGUCCGAAACAUGAAGACGGGCCUGAUGGGUUCAAACGUGCAGGCCGCUUCAAGAAAGCGAGUAACAUGAACUAUGCCUUGAGGAUUAGCUUGAGGCUUGAGAAACACCUCGCAGAGCUGAUGGAGAAAGAAAAGGAAAAAGCUGUUUCGGGUAAUGAUUCUUUGGAAGACAGGGCGUUAGCUCUGGCAGUGGAAGAGGAAUUCGCCUCAACUGGCGCAAAAUGGCGUCCAUGGGCAGGCAAUGGCAAAGCAAUUCGGAUGGGUGAACUCGUGCUUAUUGUCGAUUCGGAUACUGUCGUGCCGGAGGAUUGUUUCCGAGACGCGGCUCGUGAAUUAGCAGCCUGCCCGACUGUUGCAGUUAUUCAACAUGAGAGCGACGUCAUGCAAGUUGCACAUCAUUACUUCGAGAACGGGAUUGCGUACUUCACGCGGAGGAUAAACAAGUGUAUUUCCAUGACUUGCGCAAACGGUGAGGUUGCACCCUUCGUAGGACACAAUGCCUUCCUCAGGUGGCGUGCAAUACAGGAUGCAUCUUUCACGGACAAAGACGGUGUUGAGAAGAUCUGGUCCGAGUCGAACGUCUCAGAAGACUUUGACAUGGCACUACGCCUGAUGAUGCGCGGAUACAUCAUUCGUUGGGCGCGGUACUCUAAUGGAGGAUUCAAAGAGGGUGUCUCGCUCACUGCUGAUGAUGAAUUGAAUCGAUGGCAAAAGUACGCUUACGGGUGUAGUGAACUUCUGUUCUACCCGAUUAAGGAUUGGUGGAGGAAAGGGCCAAUAAAUCAUCAAAUCCAUCGGUUCAUCUGGGGUCCAGCACCAUUGCAUUACAAGCUCAGCAUGUUGGCAUACAUGUUCUCCUACUAUGGUAUUGCGGUGUCGGUCACGAUCUCGACUGUCAAUUAUGCGAUUCUAGGCUUCCAGUUUGAUGUCGAUGGCUACUAUAUGCAUAGUUUUGAGAUCUGGCUUGCGACAACGAUUGUGUUCCUUGGGCUAGGUAACCUGGCGUUCACGCUCCUUGAGUACCGUCUUGGAGAACGCGAUUUAUUAAAGGCUUUCUGGACUAACAUCAAGUGGAUUCCGUUCUUCUUCUUUUUCUUUGGUGGCCUAUCAAUCCACCUAUCCGUGGCCAUCCUUGCUCACCUCUUCUCUUACAACAUAACUUGGAGUGCGACCAAGAAGGAAGUCGAGCGAUCAAAUUUUUUCAAGGAAGUGCCUAAGAUCCUCAAACGCUUUUGGCUUGCCUUUGGUAUCGCGAUAAUCUUGCUUGGAGGGAUGGCCGUGCUGAGCACAAAUAUUGUGCCGAUAGAGUGGAGGGUGGACUCGAGUGCGUGGGCUGUCAUCUUCCCGCUUGCCGUCGUGUGUGCUUGCCACAUUCUCUUCCCAAUUGUGCUCAACCCAUACCUCAUGGUGUUCUCGUACUAA